AUGUGUGAGAGUGUAGUAGAUGGAUCAUCUCACCCACAUCACUGCAGCAUUCUCCUGAUUAGUCUCGCGCAAAUCGACUUUAGGGCGGACAGAGAUCUGUCCGUACGUGUUUCUCGGUGCGUCUCAGUCCGUCUCGGUGAAUUGGUGUCGGUGUAGAGGAUCGCGGCUGCUCGGUAAGAUGCUGCAGAUCUGGCUGUUGUUAGCGUGAGCGUCUGUCUCGUUGCCGCGGGAGGCCAGAGCUCCGCCCCCUCACUCACACUCGCUGUCGCCAUGACGACCUCGGCCCUGCGGCGGCAGGUGAAGAACCUGGUGCACAACUACUCUGAUGCGGAGAUCAAGGUGCGCGAGGCGACCUCUAACGACCCCUGGGGCCCGUCCAGCUCGCUGAUGUCAGAGAUCGCCGAGCUGACCUUCAGUGUGGUGGCCUUCAGCGAGGUCAUGGCCAUGGUGUGGAAGAGACUCAACGACCACGGCAAGAACUGGAGACACGUCUACAAGGCUCUGACGCUGCUGGACUAUCUGGCCAAGACGGGUUCGGAGCGGGUGGCUCAGCAGUGCCGUGAGAACGCCUUCACCAUCCAGACGCUGCGUGACUUCCAGUACGUGGACCGGGACGGGCGCGACCAGGGCGUGAACGUGCGUGAGAAAGCCAAGCAGCUGGUGGCGCUGCUGCGGGACGAGGAGCGUCUGAGACAGGAGCGAGCGCAGGCACUCAAGACCAAAGAGAGGAUGGCGGGCGGCGGCGGGGUGAGCAGCGUCCCUCCUGCGUGUCCCAGCAGACGCAGCAGUCAGCCCAGCAUGGCCGCGCUGUACGGAGAAGAGUUCACCCACUCCAGAGGAUCGCCCGCUUCCUUCAACUCGUCGUCCUCGUCUCCUCGAGCGUCUGAUCUGGAACAGACUCGACCGCAGACGAGUGGAGAAGAAGAGCUUCAGCUGCAGCUCGCGCUGGCCAUGAGCAGAGAGGAGCAGCGCAGCCGUCAGGGGGACGACGCUCAUCUGAAGAUGGUUCUGGAGGAGAGUGAGGGCGAGCGAGACCCGCGGCCUUCAGAGUCGGCCAUGAUCGAUCUGGUGGAUAUAUUCUGUCCCACGCCUGCUGCGCCGGUGAGCGAUGACCCCUGGGAUGCCCCGCCCACCUGUCCCGUGAACUCUGACCCCUGGGAGUCUGUCGCUGUAGUUAAGUCUAGUAACCCGGGGGCUGAUGGUCCCUGGACAGCCCGCCCUUCCUCCAGUAGCCCCGCCCACCCUUGGGGAACCCACCAAUCACCUCCUGAGCCCUGGGAUGCCCCUCCUUCAAACUUCAGCUCUAAUAUGGAAGAAGAAGCCUGGGGGAGCCCAUCACGUCCAGUGUCGCGUGUGAAGGACCCGUUUAGAGUUCGAGAGGAGGAGGAGCUUAGAGUGGAAGGGGAGGAGCCUAUUGCUGAGCAGGCGGGGCCAAUCCAAGUGUUCAGCCCUCGCUGCGAGAGUCCUGCAGAUGCUGAUCAGUUUGGUGAGUUGGUGGCUGGUGUUCAAGUGAACGGUCAGGCAAAUUACAGCCCAGAGCCCUUUGACCUCUCUCGCCUCGGGCCUCCUCUGGAUGUGGUGACCGCCAGACAGUGCCGGACCCCCGAGGCGUUCCUCGGCCCCACCGCUGCAUCCCUCGUCAACCUGGACACGCUUAUUCCAAGCAAUGCGCCGGUCAAGAGCAAAAACCCCUUCCUGUCAGGUCUGAGCACACCAUCUCCCACAAACCCCUUUCAGUGUGAGCAGCCCAGACUGACUCUGAAUCAGAUGCGUCCUCACUCCACGUCACCGCUGCCGGCUCACGCUCUGUCCUACAGCGCCUCCCUCCCGCUGCCCGUCCUGCAGCAGAAGCCCCAGACUCUGCCCUCUUCCUACACACAGCCGCACCACGGCCUGCUGGACAUGCCCAGCAACCUGCCGCAGCCGCUGCUGCCCCUCACGGCCUCCACCCAACAAACACAACACCACGGCCAAAGCCACAACCCCUUCCUCUGAGGAACCGCAUUUACACCUGGGAAACAGAUACUGAAACCAGAUUACAGCGAUUCAGUUUCAGAGUGAACAGACUGAAGAGCUGACCUAAAGCCUAAAGAUUGGAAACGGAGACUGAAACCGGAUUACAGUGAUUUGGUUUCAGUGUGAACACACAAAAGAGCUGAUCUGAAGCCUGAAUAAUGGGAAACAGAGACUGGAAGUGGAUUACAGUUAUUUGUUUUCAGUGUGAAUGGACUAAAGAGCAAAUCUGAAGCCUAAAUAAUGGGAGACGGAGACUGAAACCAGAUUACAGUGAUUUGUUUUCAGUGUGAAUGGAAUAAAGAGCUGAUCUGAAGCCUGAAUAAUGGGAAACGGAGACUGAAACCGGAUUACAGUAAUUUGUUUUCAGUGAGAAUGGACUAAAGAGCCAAUCUGAAGCCUAAAUAAUGGGAGACGGAGACUGAAACCAGAUUACAGUGAUUUGUUUUCAGUGUGAAUGGACUAAAGAGCUGAUCUGAAGCCUGAAUAAUGGGAAACAGAGACUGAAACCGGAUUACAGUAAUUUGUUUUCAGUGAGAAUGGACUAAAGAGCAAAUCUGAAGCCUAAAUAAUGGGAGACGGAGACUGAAACCAGAUUACAGUGAUUUGUUUUCAGUGUGAAUGGACUAAAGAGCUGAUCUGAAGCCUGAAUAAUGGGAAACGGAGACUGAAACCGGAUUACAGUAAUUUGUUUUCAGUGUGAAUGGACUAAAGAGCUGAUCUGAAGCCUGAACAAUGGGAAACGGAGACUGAAACCAGAUUACAGUGAUUUGGUUUCAGUGUGAACACACUAAAGAGCUGAUCUGAAGCCUGAAUAAUGGGAAACCGAGACUGGAAGUGGAUUAAGGCUAUUUGUUUUCAGUGUGAAUGUACUAAAGAGCUAAUCUGAAGCCUAAAUAAUGGGUGACGGAGACUGAAACCGGAUUACAGUGAUUCGGUUUCAGUGUGAACACACUAAUGAGCUGAUCUGAAGCCUGAAUAAUGGGAAACAGAGACUGGAACUGGAUUACAGUGGUUUGGUUUCAUUGUGAACAGACUGAAAUGCUGAUCUGAAGUCUAAAGAACUAUUUAUGGUUGGUUUUUAGCAAAAGUACUUUUAAUAAGACGAUACACAUUUAAUGCUGGCUGACUUUACUCGUUUACAUGCAUUUGUCUGUAUUCUGCGUGAAAAUAACUCAACCUGGAUUAUCACAUUUAUAGCGAUCUUAAAGUCAACAUGAAAUCCUGUUUUUAUUGUGCACUUAUAGGGUUUCCACUCUUUUUUUUAGUGAUCCUUUUCCAGGAGAUUUUUUAUGUAAUUAGAAAUAGGGGUUAACUAAAAGGAACACAGCCUAAAGUAAAAUAUGCGUCUCUCCAAAAUGCUUUAAAACAUACAGUUAAUGGCAAUGACUUAACUACAGUAUCUGCUCUUUGAUAUGAGCUCUUAAUUAUACAUUACAAAAAAAUGAUUUUCAGAACCAGUUUCAGUAACAUAGCAAAAUAAAAGUAUUUAAGUAUUGAUUCAUUAAUUCAAAAUAUUUUUUAUUUUAAUGAAAUUUAUUUGUUUACUCUAAAUUUUAUUCCCAGUAUUUACACAAUUUUUUCUGUAAACAUUUGCAGUCUUUUCCAAAACUCUCUUAUGGGCCCCUGGGAGAAAAAAUAAAUAUAAUAAAUAAAUAUUAACUAUAUAGUUGCAUGGGCAUUUUUAAGGCUACUCUUGUAGGUAGUUUUACGCAAAUAGUAAAUGUAGUAACUUAAUGCUGGUUAAUAAAAUGCAAAUGACAGCAAUAAUAGCCAUUCUGGUAUGUAAUGUCAACUUUUCACCCUAUCAACUCCUGAUGGAUAAAGUCCUAGCUGAAAAUCCAAAAUUACGUCAUAUUUUGGGUUGUGAUCGUCAUUUCAUGUUGACUUUAUGACGUUGGCUCGACGCUUUGCUCUUCUGCUGCACAGGUACAGCAUGCUGCUAAUGAACUUAUGGAGAGGUUAAAUGUAAACGUUUCAGUCAAAAGCACCCUAUGCUGGAUAAACGGAGGGAAAUUUCAGGAACACAACAGAACUAAUGAAUCUCCACCAGGAUCAAACUCACCAUCCUCCCCUCAUUCCUCAAACAUCUCCCUCCUCGUUUCCUUUCUGUUGCCUUCAAUAGAUGGAUCUCCUGCAAUGAGAUCCGGCACUGACUGUAACCGAGCUCCUCCACGUGCCCGUCUCACCGACAGUCCCACAAUGCACUGGGGCUGGCGCCUCACUUCCUGUUCAAACCUCAGGAGCGCCACCCACAGGAACCUGUAUAGCUAAUUAAAACUCACUGACACUGUCUGUCUGAGAGGAUUGUUAUAGACUCUAUAUACGUCAAUGCUGAAUUAUCCGAUGCUGUUAUUUCCUCCACUCAGAAAAGUGAUUGAAGAACAAGUACCAGCUUUACUGUUAAUCACUGCUCUUGAGUAUGCCAUCCAGUUUGUUCUAGUAAAGGAGAAACAGGUUAAUCAUUAAAUCCACUACGAGUUAAAUGGUGUAUAUUAAAGACACAAAUAAAUGAAUGUUAUUCACUUUUAA